AUGGACGGUGCGAAAAAAGAGUGGCCCUCCACGUUCGGGCCAAAUGACGAGCGUCCGACCUACAGCUCCGAGGAGACCGUGGGUGACGUCAAUGGCAUCGCCGUCGCCGACCAGUCCAUCGCCGCGAGGGUAGCCGAGAAGGAGAAGGUGAAGGCCGAGACAGGCAAGCGAGAACUCAAGGAAGAGGACUGCGAGAGCGAGCUCGGCUUUGCUUUUUCCACCUGGAAGAAAUGGUGGAUUCUCACCGUCAUCUUCCUUGUCCAGACUUCGAUGAACUUCAACACCUCGCUCUACUCCAACGGUCUCGAAGGAAUUUCGGAGCACUUCAACGUCAGCGCUCAAGCUGCCCGUGUCGGUGCCGCUAUCUUUCUCGUCGCUUACGCUUUCGGCUGUGAGCUGUGGGCUCCGUGGUCUGAAGAGUUCGGUCGCAAGCCAAUUCUACAGGCUUCACUGUUUCUCGUCAAUCUGUUUACCCUACCCGUCGUCUUAGCCCCCAACUUCGGCUGCCUACUAGCCGGUAGAUUUCUCGGCGGUCUUUCUACCGCGGGGGGUAGUGUGACACUCGGAAUGGUGGCCGAUCUAUUCGAGAGUGAUAGACAGCAAUAUGCCGUGGCCUACAUUGUAUUCUCCUCUGUUGGUGGAUCUAUCCUCGGCCCAAUUGUUGGCGGUUUUGUCGAAAUCUUGCCUCCCGCCCAGGCGUGGAGAUGGUGUAUCUGGAUCCAGCUGAUCUUUGGCGGAGCUGUGCAGAUUCUGCACCUUCUAACCGUACCAGAGACGCGAACGACCAUCAUGUUGAACCAAAUUGCCAAGAAACGCAGAAAGACAGGCGAAGACCCCAACAUCUACGGACCUGACGAGAUCGAAUCAUUCUGGAGCCGAUUCACCCUCAAAGAGUUGAUCUAUACCUGGUUACGACCUUUCCGCAUGUUCCUCACAGAACCGAUCGUGCUCACCCUGUCGCUGCUUUCUGGUUUCUCAGACGCCCUCAUCUUUAUGCAGAUCCAAUCCUUCUCUCUUGUCUACAAGAGGUGGGACUUCAACGCCUGGCAAAUUGGUCUCGCAUUCGUGCCCAUCGGUCUUGGUUAUGUCCUCGGUUGGCUCCUCUUCCUACCUGCCUUCAAGAGAAACCAGCGCCGACGUGAAAAGCAUCCCGAGGAUGAGCACGCCCAAUACGAAUCACGUAUGUCUCUGUUGCUUUGGCUAGCACCUUGCCUGCCGAUCGGUCUUAUCAUCUUCGCAUGGACGAGUAGUGGCCCGCCGCUCCAUUGGAUUGGCUCCAUGUUCGGCACCUGCAUUAUCGGUAUCGCAAAUUAUGCCAUUUAUAUGGCCACCAUCGAUUACAUGAUUUGCGCCUAUGGACCGUACUCCGCUUCCGCAACCGGCGGCAAUGGCUGGGCUCGUGACUUCUUAGCCGGUGUCCUCACCAUCCCUGCGACUCCUUUCUAUACCAACAUUGGCGCCGAGAAAGGCAUGAACCUGCAAUACGCCUCCACCAUUCUCUUCUGCAUCGCAUUUGUCCUGGUUAUUGCCGUGUACGUGAUUUACUGGAAGGGUCCGGUCCUACGAAAACGCUCUCCCUUCGCUCAGAGUUUGGCCCAGGGUGCUGCUGAAUUCGGCGGCCAUCAUCUUAGCCACGUCCACUCCCAUCGCCCGUCGACGGCGGGUGACACUCGACCACCAACGGCGACUACUACUUCGCGACCCCCCACCGCGCCGAACGCCCCGACCAUCGAGAUUAUGCAGAAACGUCCGGGAGAUCGAAUGUCGGCAUCGCGACACAACUCAUACUAUUCUAGUCAGCAAGCCGCAAGCCGACGCCAGAGCAGACAAGCUAGCCGGAAUGUUAGCAGGCGCAACAGCCUCGAGCAUCAUCGUAAGUCGGUCGAAAGCGACAGCGAAGAAGGCGUCUCGCAUCAUCAUCUCCACCAUCGACUCCAAAACCUAAACACUAUCGCUUCCAUGCCCACUAAUCCCAACCCCAAUCCCACCAACCCCCAGCCUUAG